ACCUGCAGUCUCUCAAAUCAUCUAGAUCUCUGCCAGUCCACCACCAUGUACCUGAACCUCCUCAUCCUCCUCCAACUCCUUUCCUCUGCUGGAGCCUCUGAGAGUGGUAUUGUGGGUGGUAAGAUAGCUAAGCCCCACUCAAGGCCCUAUAUGGUCUCUCUGCAACACAGAGGAUACCAUGUUUGUGGAGGAAUGCUCAUCCGGGAGGACUUUGUCCUGACUUCAGCACACUGCUUGAAAGAUGCUUAUCCUUUAACGGUGGUUCUUGGAGCUCACAACCUAACCAAAGAAGAGAAGAAGAGUCGGCAAGAGAGGAAAGUGUCACAUUACCAUCGACAUCCCUUACAUGAGAAUAUAACGCAGUUAAGUUACGACAUCAUGCUACUGAAGUUACAUGCCAACGCCGUUCUGAACGAGUAUGUGAAGGUCAUUGGACUACCCAAUAAAGAUAAACGUAUCCCAGCCAGAACCAAGUGCUCUGUCGCUGGCUGGGGCAAGACUUCACCAGAUAAAACAUCUGGUGCUGCAGAUGUAUUGAUGGAAGUUGAAGUCACAAUGCAGUUCAACUUUGAAUGCGUAAAAAAGUGGAAAGAUUACUUUAUAAGUAGCCAAAUGAUAUGCACUGAUGAUGGACAGAAAGGCUUUUGUCAGGGAGAUUCAGGUGGACCUGUUAUUUGCAAGAACAAGAACGUGGCACAGGGUAUUGUUACUUCUUUUCGUAAUCCACUGAAAUGUGAUGAUGGUAAAUUCCCCCGUGUGUACAUAAAUAUUUCCUUCUUUAAGUCCUGGAUUGAAGAGGUGAUUAAUGGAUAGCUUUAAAAAAUAUAUAUAUAUACAUAUAAAAAUAAUGCAUGCAUAAACAGAUAUAUCAUAAAUGCAUAACUUGUUGUGUACGAAUAUACAGGUAACUGCCAAAAUAGUGGAAACUCUUGAGUAAUUGAGGGAUACAAAUGAUUUUGAAACAUACACUUCCACAAAGGUGUGGUUCCUGAGUUGAUUAAGCAAUUAACAUCGUGAUUAUGGUCACAUGUAGAAAAAUGCUGGGCAGACCAUUAUUUUGGCUACCAUGGCAAUGAAUACAAAGAAUGACAAUGCCGCCAUCCACAGGGCACGAGUGGUCACUGAAUAAAUUUGAUGAGCAUGAAAAAAAACAAUGUAAACCAUAUGUCAUAGCCGUCCCUGUCACCAGAUCUCAACCCAAUUGAACACUUUACGGGAGAUAGUGGAGCGACUCCUGAGACCAGCGUUUUCCACCACCGUCAACAAAACACCAAAUGAUGGCAUUUCUCGUGGGAAGAAUGAUGUCACAUCCCUCCAAUAGAGUUCCAGACAGUUGUAGAAUCUAUGCCAAGGUGGAUUGAAGUUGUUCUGGUGGCCCAACGACCCUAUUAAGACACUUUGUGUUGGUGUUUCCUUUACUUUGGCAGUUACCUGUACAGGUCUGCUUAACAAGGCACAUUGCAUAUUGUAUGUCUUUUUUUCUUUCCGUUUUGAUUGGUGUAGCUGUACAGUAAUGACAUGUCCCACAUUCUCUGUUUUUUUUUAUUUUUAUCAAUUACUACUUUUACUACAAUGAAAUGUAAUGUUUUCUAAAGCCAAAUCUUUGUGACACAGUGGUUACUAUGUUGCAUGUUGAACCCAUGUAACAUUUGUAAAAAUACAUUUUUGUACUUUAGGAUAAUAUAAUUUUUUUAUAUUUGUAUUUGUUAAUUGACUAGUGAUUUUAAAAUAUUGUCAAUGCUUAGUCAUUGUGUGCAUCAAUCCUUUAAUUUACCCCUAAUACAAUGAUGAAUUA